AUGGCCAGACGCAGCAGCCUGGAAUCGCUAGAGGAGCAACUACGCUGCCCUGUGUGUCUGGAGGUCUUCUCUGAGCCACUCAUGCUGCAGUGUGGCCACUCGUACUGCCGUGGCUGUGUGCGUUCUUUGGACAUGGAUCCUCUGGGGCAGCUCCAGUGUCCUGUGUGUCGCUGUCCCGUAGAUGGGGACAGCCCUCCGCCGAAUGUGGCACUGGCACACAUUGUGGCCGCCCUACGAGAGAUCACUGAACCAGGUCAAGGCCCUCCAGAAGCAUGUAACCAACACCAUAACCCCCUGAGUCUGUACUGUGAGGAAGAUCGGACGCUGAUCUGUGGACUGUGUGGCAGCAUUGGAAGUCACAGAGCACACAAGGUCACUCCGAUCAGCAGCGUCUACAGCCGGAUGAAGGAGGACAUUUCCUGUCUGAUGACUGACUUUCAGACACAGAAGAGGAAGCUGGAAGAGCAGAUAUGUAAAAUGGCCUACAACAAGUCUCGCAUUACAAAUGAGUCAGAUGUGCUGAAGUGGGUGGUACGGAAGGAGUUUGGGGAGUUGCGACACUGUGUGGAGCUCGAGGAGGCCAGCUUCAUGCAGAAGGUGGAGAACACCGCCUCGACUCUCAUCUCCUCCAUCCAGACCCAGGCUGACGAUAUGAGCCAACUGCUGGCCAGGUUCCAGGAGGCUGAAGGCACACUGGAAGCCCUGAGCAAUGAGAGCCAUCUGGACUUUAUCACUAAAUAUGGCUCUAUUGCCCCAAGGUUUCGAGAGAGCCAGCAGAGAGAGCAGAGGAAGGAGAGGACCUACAGCUCCAUCAGCUUUAACCCAGGCUUUAAUCACAGUGACAUCAAAAUGACUGUAUGGAAGCGAUUACACAGGAGAGUUUUACCAGCUCCUGAAUGCCUGAAGUUCGACCCUCUCACAGCUCACCCCAUGCUACAGCUCAGUGAAGACCACAGCAGUGUGGAGUGCGGAGUCUUCGUCAACCGCUUACCCAACAAUCCUGAGCGUUUCAGCUACAGCUACUGUGUGCUGGCCAACCGUGGCUUUUCCUCAGGAAAGCACUACUGGGAGAUCCAGGUGGGAGAGAAACCAAAAUGGAGGCUGGGGAUAAUAAAAGGGACUGCUUGCCGUAAGAGUAAGCUUCCCAAGAGCCCUGAGGGUGGAGUGUGGCUGAUUGGGCUGAAGGAGGGCCGGCUGUAUGAGGCUUUCAGCACUCCUCGGGUCAUUCUGCCCCUCGUCAGUCAGCCACAGCGCUUGGGGCUUUUCCUGAACUAUGACAGAGGAGAGCUGACGUUUUAUAAUGCGGACAGUCCUCAUGAGCUCGGAUUCAUUUAUUCCUAUCAGGCUGAGCUGCAGGGGAAGGUCUACCCACUGUUUGACGUGUGCUGGCAUGAGCGUGGUGCCAACAAGCUGCCAAUCUCCUUGCCAGGGCCACUCAGUGAAGCCUAUGGAGAUUAGCCUAGAAGCAAUUAUGGCUGUGGCUCAUGUUGUAGUCAAGACUACCUAAAUCGAGACCAAAUCAUGACCAAGACCAAACUGUAUCAAGACCCAGGACCAGAUCAGUGUGUGUGAAGGGGGGCAGGGAGGGGUGAUGGCCGUUAACAGUAACAAGAAUUGAAAAUUAGCAAUGAAUCAUGUUAUUGGUCACAUUUGAAGCAGGAAGUUUUGCAUCCAAUUACAGUAAUGAUGUGAACAAAUAAAUCCGGUAUGAAAUCCCCACAGUUGUGGUCUUGACCGGUCUUGUAAUAAAAUGCCAGGUCUCAAUGUCUGAGACCGAGACAAAACACAGUUAAAAUGUGGUCAGCUCUGAGACGAGACCGAGACCUUCAAAAAGUGGUCUUGAGACCAAGAGCAGUCUCGAGUACUACAACACUAGCUAUGGCAAUGAACGUGUAUGAUAGUUUACUGAUAGUAUACUGGUAUCUGAAAUUCUAUGGGGGGAAAAAACCUUACAAUUAUCCAGAGAGAAAACUGUAUUUCUCCACUGAUUUGAUAAGCUCCUGAAAAUUUAAAUUAAUUUUAAUUAUUGUUAGAUUUCUGCAUUUUGUCUGCUUUGUUUGUGGCAGGGAGGCCUGAAGAAGAUACCACUUGACCUUCAGCCUUGAAUCCCAAUAUUAAGCAUAAGCAAAUCUACAAAAUAGUGCUGGGAUAUAAA